UUGCAGUAUCGUGUGCACCGUGAUGCAGUAAAAAGACCAGAUGCAGUGAGCGAAAUAAUUGGUGAAGAAGAAUAUCAUAAGGCACGGAUUUACAGACUUGACAAACACCGUUUCUCGUUUGUGCAUUCCAUAUAUUCACAACUUGAGUUGAUGGUGAUUUUAUUGCUUUGCAUACCUCAUAUUUUAUGGCUUAAAAGUGGCGUCAUCAAUGAAAAACUUGGAUUCUCAAACGAAGUAAAUCCUAUUAAGUAUUGCCAUAUUGCCCAAUCAAUAACUUUUAUUUCACUGGUAUCAGUUAUCGAAAGUAUAGCAUCCCUACCAUGGCAAUUGUAUGACACAUUCGUCAUCGAAGAGAAGCAUGGUUUUAAUAAACAGACACUGGGCUUCUUUUUAAAAGAUAAAGCAAAGAAAACAUUGAUAUCUUUAUUUAUCAUGGCACCGAUAGUAGCUGCAGUUGUGUACAUUGUGGAACAAGGUGGACCAUAUUUCUUCUUCUAUGUUUGGAUCUUCCUCUCAGUUGUUAUUUUCUUGUUGAUGACUGUUUAUCCCGAAUUCAUUGCUCCACUCUUUGACAAGUACGUUCCACUCCCAGAAGGCGAAUUAAAACAGAAGAUCGAAAAAUUAGCUGAAAGUGUGAACUUUCCACUGAAAAAAUUACUUGUUGUUCAUGGGUCUAAACGAUCAGCGCACAGUAAUGCUUAUAUGUAUGGAUUUUGGAAUAAUAAGCGUAUCGUGUUGUAUGACACGUUAUUAAGUGAAGAAAUCAAUGCACAAUUAAAAGAUAAAGAUGGGGGAGCCGAUAAGGGAGAUAAUGACCAAGAUGUUGAUGUAAAGAAACAAAAAGUUGGAAUGCGAGAUAAUGAAGUUGUAGCCGUUCUGGGUCACGAACUUGGACAUUGGGCUUUAUGGCACACAAUCAUAAACUUAGUUUUAACUGAGAUCAAUUUGUUGUUGCUGCUUGCGGUAUUUGCAAAAUUUUAUCGUCACACCUCGCUUUUUCAUGCAUUUGGCUUUGAGAAGUCGAAACCAGCAAUCAUCGGAUUCAUGAUUGUUUUCCAGUAUAUUACUGCUCCAUACAAUGAAUUUAUUUCUUUCCUUAUGACGGUAAUGUCACGACGUUUGGAGUUUGCAGCAGAUAGUUAUUCAGAAAAGCUUGGUUUUGGUGAUGACCUGCGCAGUGCACUCAUCAAACUCGGCAGGGAUAAUCUGGCAAUGCCAGUAGACGACCCCAUCUAUUCUAUGUUCAUUCAUUCACAUCCACCAAUACCUGAGCGGAUUGCUGCAUUAAAGAAAUCCAUGUGA